AAUUUAACGGCCGCCCCCUACGGGUGCUCGGUCGGUCGCGUUUGAAAAAAAAAUAAUCGGAAAGGAAAGACGGCAGCGGCCGGUCCGGAGGGUUGAUGACUGAAGCGUUCGGCGAUGAAUGGCACUGCGCAGCCAGCGCUGGGCAAGGAAGAGCAUGUGCUGAAACUGGGCGAGAGUUUCGAGAAACGGCCCAAGAGCUCAUUCCACACUAUCCGCUAUGAUUUUAAACCAGCAUCCAUCGAUACCUCUUGUGAGGGUGAGCUACAGGUUGGAAAAGGUGACCAAGUCACCAUAACUUUGCCACACAUCCCAGGCUCUACUCCACCAAUGACUGUCUUCAAAGGUAAUAAAAGACCAUAUCAGAAGGAUUGUGUACUUAUCAUUAACCAUGAUACUGGGGAGUUUGUGCUUGAAAAACUCAGUAGCAGUAUACAGGUGAAGAAAACCAGAGCUGAAGGAAGCAGUAAAAUCCAGGCUCAGUUGGAGUCGCAGGUGGUGCGAAGAUCUCAGCCUCCUGCACAGUUUAGAGCCCCAAACAAGCCAUGUCCUGGACCAAAAACGUCUCCUUCAAAGGACAACCCAUCACCUGAACCACAACUUGAUGAUAUAAAAAGAGAAUUGAGAGCUGAAGUUGAUAUUAUUGAACAGAUGAGUAGCAGCAGUAGUUCCUCAGAUUCAGGAAGUUCCUCUGGCAGUGAUGACAGCUCUAGCAGUGAUGUGGAAAAUGAAGCUCACCCCUCCUCUACACCACCACAGAUGCAACCCCAACAGCAACCCCAAUCCCAACCCCAGCCCCAACAGCAACAGCAGCCACAACAGCCAUACCAGCAGUACAGUAACAGAAAUGCUGCUACAAAUGGCACCAGCAGACCAGGAAGCAAUCAGCUUAUGAGCACACUGAGAAAUGACUUGCAAUUGAGUGAAUCUGGAAGCGACAGUGAUGAUUGAAAAUGGACCACUACCUCCACAAUGACCUAACACGGAGAUGACGUUGGUGUAGAAGUUUGCUGAUGCAUUAGCUAGAUUUGUGAUUUUACUGUUAAAACUUAUUGUGUGUCCUUACUGCAGUUUUGAUAUCAGAUGUGAGUGUUGGGUGAUUAAUGCAGUGCGUUUUAUUUUAAAAAUAUAUUUAACUGCUUUUUUAAAGUUAAACUAGAAAAAUUUGGUUUACUUGUAUAUUUUGUCAGGUAUUCCGAUUCAUUUUUCUGAAGACUUAUUGAUCAAAUAUAUUUUAAAUGGAUUGAACGCCAAGCUUACACAUUCAGAAUUGAACCUAUAGCCAAGUAGAAAUAGAUUUCGAUUAUGUAUAAAGGCAUUGUUUACCUUACAUAUUAACAUGAAUUAUACAGCAAGUUUAUAUAUCAGAACAGAUAUCACACAAUGCAGAAACCAAACAAUUCUCUGGAAGAACUAGUGUCCCACAAAUACAAAAGUGUUUGUGAAGUGACUGAUAUUAAGUUGGCUGGUUUUAUGAUGGUUAAUGACAUGAAUCUUUAUUGGAUACUAGCCUGAAGCCUUUAGCAAGGACUACAAUGUGCAUGUUAGACUUUAUAUGAAUCAACAGCAGGAUUGUUUCCUUUUUAAAAUUUUCUUUGUGGAAAAGGUGCUAUACUGGGUUUUAAUUUCCAACAAAGCCUUUUGGGCAUGGUGAUCUGAACAUAUAAUAACAAUGUGAAUGAAAUACAUCUUGAACAGCAUUAGCAUCUUUUUCUUUGAUGGAAGAAUAUGUUUGAGACUAAAUGCUAUGUUGACUGAGCCCUCCCCCAGCUUGCAAUGUUUCCUUAGUGUUUCCAUAUAAAAUGGACAUUUCUUACUGUUUAAGCAGUUCAGUGAAAAUUACUGUAAUCUAUGUCCAGAAUAUUUUUUUGAAUUUCUCUCAUUUGAUUGAUAUUUUUGAAUUUUGUGUGCAUAAAAUAGAGAACACAUUCCUGUUUAUGUCUGAUGCAAUUUUGUCUUCUCCUUGCUCACAAUCACUGUAUUUCAUUCCUAGCCCUAAUGAAUGGGCUGCUGAUCUGUUCCCAACCCUCUUCCAAUAACACUCAGUAAACAGUCGCUGGAAGGUAUGUAAGGGGGGGGCACUUCGGGUGAUUCAUCUUUCUAUUUUUGCAUAACUUUCCACUACAUCCUCUUGCAACUCAUCUAAGGUAAGAACCUUAUCAUGAUUUAUGAUUUGUAUCUGCUUGUGUCUGUGAAAUAUCACUCACGAUUUCCAAUUGAAACAGCAUUGCAUUGGCACCUUAUUUAACAGUCCCACUGCUUUCCAAACUGCAGCGGCUAUGCCCUUUCAAUAUGGAACGAUUCAAAAUAAAGCAUGCAACAAGAUAUUUAUACGUUUAGGAAAUUAAUAUUUAAUGUUUUCUAACAAGAUUGAUGUGUAAGACUAGAAGCCAGAUACUGAAUGCAUCAGCCUGCCAAAUCAAGACGCUGUGAGCGGAAUAACAUACAUUUUAAUAUGAAAUGUCACUGGAUACAUUAAGAAUGUUAUACUCUGCUAAAUAGUAAUUUGCAAAAUAAAAUGACUAAUUGAGAGGAAUAACCUGAUUUUCUCAUAACAUUGAAAGUCUGGGAACAGGUUUCUUUUGUUUCUCUCCAUUAAUUUUUAUGGCUCCUGCUCUUCUUUCCUCUCCACAUCUAAUUGUCCCUUGAAAUAUAUUUACAGUGACUAUUUCAUAGCCAUUUUUCUAGUAAUUUAUUCCAUAAUUAUAUUACUCUUUGAGGAGAACGUUUUUGCCUCAUCCUCUGACCCCCUGUUAUUUGCAGUCUUCCUUUAUCAAUAAAUUUCUGACAACCAGUGUUUCAAUACUGUUGUUAGGUGGUAAUAUUCUUCCAGUGAUUAGAAGACCACCACUGUGGAUAGCUCUGUUGAUGGGUCUGAUUAAAACUUUAACAUUUAUACAUCCCUCUGCCAAUGUAUUCCUGCACCAUUUUUGCCACAGCCACACACUGGCUUGAUGGAUUCAUAAAUCUCAGAUUUCAUAAAUUUCACUUCAGAUCUCUUUCAUGAUCAGCAUGCUGAUGACUGUUCUGUUUUAAUGUUUACAUUCCUACCCCUCUAACUUCUUUAUUGUGUGAUUGUGUUGCUUAAUACAGCAGCUUGAUGUAUGUAUUUUGUUCAUUACAAUUUAAAUGUUUGUAAAGCUAGUACCGCUGAAGAAUAUUAAAAAACUUUACUCAGGA